AUGGGCCCAGACCCCCUCCUCCCCCAGCCUCUCCCCUCUCUCCUCACCUGCCCUGCGCCCUCGGGCCUCGUGCUGCAGCAGCGCCUGCCCUCCGCUGUCCCCUGGGUGGUGUGCAGAGUGGAGUCCGCCUUCCACAGCGCCGGGCCCAUAAAAGCCACCACGGAGGGCGCAGGCACCGCUGUGGAAGGUGGACUCCACUCUGCACACCAUCCAGGGGACAGCGGAAGGCAGGCGCUGCUGCAGCACGAGGCCCGAGGGCGCAGGGCAGGAGCGGAGAUGGGGCAGAGUGGUGCAGCGGCGGUGUCCGCGGGGCUGUGGGUCUUGGUGACGGUGGGCGUGGCGGCGGACCCCCGCGCGGCGGCGCCCCGGCGCUGCCUCCUGUCGCACUACCGCUCGCUGGACCCCGGGGCGCUGGCGGCGGUCAAGGCGCUGAGGGACCGCUACGAGGAAGAGACGCUGAGCUGGAGGCCGCGCCGCUGCUCCUUGCGUCCCUCGGGGAGUCCGCGAGCCGGCGGGGAGGCGCGGGCCCGGGCGGCCCUCUCUCACUCCCGGUCCCCGCACUCGUGCGCGCGCCUCCGCCUCGUGGCCCGGGGCAUCGCGGACGCCCAGGCCGUGCUGAGCAGCCCGCGAGGUCCCGAGCGGGUCCCCGGCACCGGCCCGACCCUGGAGCUGCUGGCGGCCGCGGCCCGGGACGUGGCGGCCUGCCUCGAGCUGGUCCGGCCAGGCUCCUGGAGGAAGUCCCUGCGGCCACCCAGGAGGCGUCCCAAAGCACGGAGCACUGACUCGCCUCGGUGCCACGAAGCCACCGUCAUCAUCACCCUCCUGCGCCUGCUCACGUGGGACCUGAGGCUCGUGGCGCACGCGGGGCCUUGUGUCUGA